AGCCCAGCUUUCGCCAAGGACUGAAACGUAGCGGCCAUAUUGCCCAAGGCCGCACCACCUUCCCGAGUUGAAGAGGGGAGAAAGAGCGUCUAUUUCCGGAGCGCCCGCCCCUUCCUCUUUCCGUAACCGGCCGACCUUCCGCUUGGUACGCUCCAAGAUGGCGGCCCCCAUAGCGUGGUGCGGAACUCUUCUGGCUCGGAAAAUCGCUAUUUCUUACCUCUCUCCAGCAGGUAAAAGAUGCCUGCUUUCGGCAGCCUAUGUGGACAGCCACAAAUGGGAAGCAAGAGAAAAAGAAGAAUGUCACCUUGCUGAUCUUGCAUCUUUAAUGGACAAAACAUAUGAGAGAAAGUUGCCUGUUAGUUCUUUAACGGUAUCACGGUUUGUGGACAACAUUUCAUCUCGAGAAGAAAUAGACCACGCAGAGUAUUACCUUUACAAAUUUCGACACAGUCCCAACUGUUUGUUCCUAAGAGACUGGACUAUCCACACAUGGAUUAGGCAGUGUCUAAAAUUCGGUGCACAAGACAAAGCCUUAUAUACCAUUGUCAAUAAGGUUCAAUAUGGAAUUUUUCCAGAUAAUUUUACAUUCAAUUUAUUGCUGGAUUCUUUCAUAAAGAAAGAAAAUUACAAAGAUGCUUUAUCUUUGGUUUUUGAGAUCAUGAUGCAAGAAGUAUUUGAAGUACCUUCCACCCAGCUUCUUUCUCUCUAUGUUUUGUACCAUUGCCUGGCAGGGAAGACCGACUUAAGUUGUGAAGAGGAGAGGAAGUUUGGUGCAUCCCUGUUACUUCCCGGCCUAAAACAGAAGAACUCAGUGGGUGUGAGUUCCCAAUUAUAUGGCUGUGCCCUCCUCGGAAAGGUGGAAUUGCAGCAUGGACUUUGGGCCGUGUACCACAACAUGCCUCUCAUAUGGAAACCAGGCUACCUUGACAGAGCCCUUCAAGUGAUGGAGAAAGUAGCCUCCUCCCCAGAGGACAUAAAGCUGUGUAAAGAAGCGCUCGAUGUGCUGGACAGUGUGCUGAAGACACUGACUUCUCCAACUGAGGGGGCUUCAGAGAAAGCUCCCACAGAAGGUGGAGAUAACCUGGUCUCAGACAAUGUGGUGGAGCAACUAGACAUAGAGGAACCAGAAGAGUCCAAGCUUCCCCAGUACCUGGAGCGCUUUCAGGUCUGUCAAUCUAAGCUGCAGGCUCUUGGCAGAGUUGAGUCAGAAAGCCUUUUGACUCUGACCACCCAGCUUGUCAAGGAGAAGCUCCCCACCUGUGAGCCUGAAGACCUUGCUACCUAUGACCAAAAACUGCAGGAGUGGCACUUGGAGCUGGUGCAGUUAAUACAGAAGGAGCAGGAGCACAGGGAGAAAGCGAAGCAGGAGUACCAGGCCCGAAAAGCAGCUAAGGAAGCUAAGGCAGCUAAGGCAGCAGCCUAACGCUUCCAGGCCAGGCCUACACAAGGACCUCCCAAGGCCACUGCAGUGCUCAGCAGGGACAAGUGGAGCCUCAAACUCUUCUCUCUGGCUUUUCUUAAAACAGGCAUACAUGGUCUAAAAGCCACACUAUGCUACAUAUCAAGAUGCUGUGACUGCCCAUCCAGAUGCAAAGAAGGGACAGUGAGCUAUGCAAGUGGCAAAUGGUUGGACCGAAGCCACCAGCUAAUUACCUUUACAGGGAACUCUUGAGGCUCCCAUCACAUGCUUGACAUAGGAAUCAAUUGUGAGUAUGGAAAGUUCCCAGCACUUGGUGAGAAUGGUAGGAGAAGCACAGUCUUUUGAAUGUUGUAUCUGUCACCAGACCAGGCAUGUAGGCCCCAGGUGAACUGCAGGUCUGAUGCGCUGUGUCCAAGUCUCCUCAAUAGUGAAGCCUCCCUGCCAGCUGGCCAUGGUGCUCACAUUCCUACAUCCUCCUUCCCAUCACGGAUUGCCCCUGUGUUUCUGCUUGCGGGGAAGCCCACGACAAGAGUGACCUCAAGACCAAGACCCCACUGGACUUCUAAUUUUAGGCAACCCCAGUGACAUUGUUAGAAUGUACAGGCUCCUGAGGAGAGUUCUGGCCCCUGCUGUAAAACCCUCUUGCUGUAGCUGCUUCAUCGUGUUGGGGUCACUUUUCCAGAGCAUCAUUGCUACACCUGCCAAUGGCCUUCUGUGUACAUGCACACACACAUGCAAUUUGUGAACACACAUUUCAGUGAAAGAAGUUGGUGAAAAUGAGGGAUGGGA